AUGAGCAGCCAAUUUCAUUUUCAUCAUCAUCAUCAUCAUCAUCAUCAUCAUCAUCAUCAUCAUCAUCAGUCGGCUGCAUAGCAGGCGGACACAAGCUUUUCCCAUUCUCUCCUGUCUUGUACUUUUCUCCGAAUCUCAAGCGGGGGAGAGCAGAAAAUCCGGGGAGACUAAUCUUCCAAUGUAUUCAGGGUACAGCAGGCGCUGACAACCUUGUUUGCAGCGGCCAUGCGAUGGGGAGUACAGAGCGUAGAUGUUGAGUGGCUCGUUGGUGGGUUUCCGUAGGAUGUGUCCGACCCAUCUGAGUUGUCGUUUUUGGAUGGUCUGAGUGCACCUUGGUGGCUGAUGUUGUACAAAGUGGUACAUUAUUUUUCUAAUCGUAACCUCAUAAUGUUGUCAGGAAAUGAACAACAUAAUUUUUAGGAAAUUUAUAUUAACAACGAAACACGCUAAGUUGGUUGCAAUUAUAGUCUAUGCAGGCAGGAAGGAAAAUACAUUUUCAUUGAUAGGGGCCUACAUGGCCACCAGGGUAAUUUGAUACAGCAAUUGUUAAUCAGCGAGUGUGGAAAAUAGCCUAAUGUGUGUAAACGUAAAUUGCAUGAUUAUCUGCACUUUAUAAUUUAAAACUAUUUUUUAUGUGAUUCUAUCCUAAUUCAUAGUAUUUUUGACGCCUGAACUGGUAAAAAGCCCGUUUCGAAAAUCGGCGCGGACUGGAAUUAGCAGGCUUUUAGUAUUUUUGAAGAGGUGUGUGGUAUCAAGGUAAAAUCCUCCCUUCAUGUUGUUUGAAACUUAAACCCGUUAAUUGCCAUACCUGUCAAGGCGUAUUUAAAAACCAGAUAUGUUUUUAUUGUCAAUAGUAGUAUUGGUUUUAAAAGCAGUCAUUUUUGUUUCCAAAGGCAGUUAUAAAGGUGACCCGAUAGGUUGGGGUGAGUGGAAAGCUUUGUGAUUGGGAGUUUCAAAACACAGUCGACAUGAUAGCGCAGUUUAUUUACCUUUAGGGAAGUUAUUAUUUUAUUUUAGAGAGACUAUUUUGGGGCGUAUUUUUGUGUUGUUGUUUUUUGUUGAUAACCAAUUAAAAUGCCUUUGUGGGCCUGUUGCCGAUUGACAAAAAAAACAUUCAGUUCUUUGCUUGUGUUUUUUUCCCCUUCACAUUGCACUGACUCGCUCCAACCGAUCCAUUUAUCGCUGGCUCCUUUCGAACUAAUGGUGGCGCUAUUUUCGGCAUUCACAUUUCGCAGGAAUUUAUUUUCAGUCUGCUCUGCUGGAGAUAAUGGCAUUGCAUACAAAAAAGGCAAACAUUGGCAGAAAAUAUUCCAGUAAUUCAUCCUUUCACCGAUUGCUGGCAUUAUUAGCUGUGUCUGCAGUUUCUUUAAUGACAAGAUUGUACAAACUGAACGAACCUGAACAUGUUUGUUGGGAUGAGACACACUUUGGUAAAAUGGCAAGUUACUACAUCAACAGGACGUUCUUCUUUGAUGUCCAUCCACCACUUGGAAAGAUGCUGAUCGGUCUGUCUGGCGCCUUGUCUGGAUACGAUGGCAGGUUUACAUUUGAGAACCCAGGACAAGAAUACAAUGAUGCAAACUACAUGGGAAUGAGAGCUUUUUGUGCCAUACUAGGUUCAGCAGUGGCUCCUCUAUCCUUCCUUACAGUGGUGGAGUUAACUCAGUCCAUCCAAGCUGGAAUCAUGGCAGCGUCUUUGAUUAUAUUUGAUACUGGUUGCCUGACAUUGUCCCAGUACAUCCUUCUGGAUCCCAUCUUACUGUUCUUCAUUAUGACGUCUACCUACUGCUUGGUGAUGUUUCUUCAUUCCCAGUCUUCCACACCUUUCAAGCUAGCCUGGUGGCUCUGGAUGGCAGCUACAGGCAUCUCAUUGGCGUGUGCAUUCAGUGUUAAAUUUGUUGGUCUAUUUGUGAUUCUCCUCGCUGGAGUGAUGACUAUGAAGGAUUUGUGGAGGUUACUUGGAGAUCUUUCCCUCUCAAAGACAACUCUCUUUUACCAUCUUCUCUCCAGAGCAUCUUGCCUGAUCUUCCUCCCAAUGCUGAUCUACCUUAUUGGUUUUGCAGUGCAUUUAAAGGUGCUUAACCAAAGUGGGAAUGGAGACGCACAUUUCAGUUCCUACUUCCAAUCCAGUCUUCUUGGCAACAGUCUCUACAAUGCAUCAAUGCCCAAAGAUAUUGCAUAUGGCUCCAUUAUAACCUUGAGGAAUCACCGUGUAGGAGGUGGACUUCUUCACUCCCAUCCUCAUCUCUAUCCAGAAGAAUUAGGACCCAAACAACAACAGAUCACAACUUAUUCCCACAAAGAUGAGAAUAACCAGUGGCUUGUUAAGAGAUCUGAUGUUGAGCUCAAUCCAGCCCGACCAGUACAGUUUGUCACCCAUGGGGAUUUUGUACGCUUAGAACACAUCAGAACUGGUAGGAAUCUGCACAGCCAUGCUGAACCGGCUCCUAUAUCCAGGGAUCAUUACCAGGUGUCUGCCUAUGGCAUUAAUGGUACAGGUGACAUGAAUGAUAUAUGGAGGGUUGAGAUGGUCAGACAGACAGUCGGAUCAAGGGUUAGGACUGUCUUCUCUCAGAUCAAACUCAUCCAUUACAGGACAGAAUGUGUACUCUAUACUUCUGGUAAACAACUCCCUAAAUGGGGAUGGGAACAGCAAGAGGUAACGUGUAAUCCCGAUCCAAGAGAUUCUAACGAUCUAUGGAAUGUGGAAGAUCAUACUAACCCAAGAUUGCCCAACAUCAGUUUUGAGGUCCUCUCCCCAUCUUUUUGGGAGAAAUUUAUAGAGUCCCAUGUGGUGAUGCUAAAGGGCAAUAGUCAACUCAAGCCUAAGGUAGGGGAGGUGACGUCCCGACCUUGGCAAUGGCCAUUUAACUACAGGGGACAGUGGUUCUCUGGGGGUCAUAAAUCCCCCCUGGGUAUCUAUCUACUUGGCAACCCAAUUGUUUUCAUUGGCAACCUGGCUUGCCUCGUGGUGUUUCUCCUUCUGUAUGGACUCUGGUUGCUGAGUGAAAAGAAGGGAUGUACAGUGACGCCAGCAUUGCGAGUGAGAUGCCAGAAGACUUUCAGUAUAUGCGAGUUAUUCUUCCUGGGAUGGCUCCUCCACUAUGCUCCAUUUUACAUCAUGGGGAGGGUCCUGUACUUCCAUCACUACUUCCCUGCUAUGCUCUUCAACAGCAUGCUCUCAGGAGUGGUGUUAGAUUUUAUCCUCCAGUCUGUUGGGGCUUACUUCCCAUCAAAGACAAAACUCAGUGUCUACAACAGCAGCAUUGUUGUUGUGCUCUCUAUUGUUAUUCACAGUUUCUACCUGUUUCACCCUCUAUCCUAUGGGAUAACACACUCAUCAGGCAAUGCAACAAGCAACAUGGAUGGUCUUCAUUGGAUGGACUCCUGGGAGUUUUGACCUUGCUUGCAGGUGAUCAAUGGUAUAUCUCCUGAAUAAUAUUUGGUAUUAAUUUGGGACAUUAUUGCAGUCUGGGCCUUGCUGCUUAAGCAGGAAAUAUUGACAAACAAUUUUCUGCUAAGCAGAAAUGAGCAGGAUACCAGUCACAAAUUGUA